AUGGCAGAAAAAGAAAUUGAAGAAAAACCAUUAAAUCAGUUUGCGGUACGAAAACUAAAUAAUUAUGGAAGUAAUAAUAAUAAAAACACAUGUGGCAAAUGUGGAAAAAAUCAUGCGUCAACUUUUGAAUGUCCAGCAAAAAUGAUUCAGUGUCAUAAAUGUUCUAAGUUUGGGCAUUUUGCACGUCAAGUCAGAUCAUCAGAUGUUAUAAAAGAGUUAUCAGAACAAAUGGUAGGACAGGUUGUGUCAACAAGUGAUACCAGCAUAAAUAAAUUAGUAGACGGUCCGUUAAAGAUUAUGGUUAUGGGAAAUGGUAUUAAAUUGGAUAUGGAGAUCAACACAGGGGCAUGUGCUUCUGUGAUAAGCGAAAAUACUUAUCAACAAUUAUUUAGUAAAUCAAACCUAUGUAUAACAAAUUCUAAAUUCAUGUCUGUUACAGGAGAGUUAUUUGGUAUUAUUGGAACAAUAUCUAGUACAAAAAGUAUUUCUCCAUUGUUGGGUCGAUCAUGGCUAAAUAAAUUAAAAGGAAAUGGUGUUAUUAAAUUAGUAAGUAAUACUGAACUAAAUACAAAUUAUAAUGAUAUUAUUUUAAAAUAUAUCAAAAGUAAAUUCCCACGAGUAGUGAGUGAAGAAGGUGGUCAAUGUAUAGAAAAGUAUAAAGCUGAAAUUGUAUUAAAACCAGGAGUUACUCCUAUAUUUCAUAAAGCUUAUUCAGUAUCUUUUAGUAUUAGAGAUAAAGUGGGUGAAGAAAUAGAUAGAUUGGUGGAACAAGGUAUUCUAGAACCUGUGAAGGAUAGUGAUUGGGCGAGUCCUAUAGUAGUAGUUUCAAAGUAUGAUGGUAGUUUACGUAUUUGUAUAUAUUGUAAAGUAACUAUAAAUAAAUCAAUUAAGACUGAACAUUAUCCUUUACCUAAAGCUGAUGACGUGUUUGCUAGUUUAUCAGGAUGUAAAAUAUUUUGUGUAGUGGACUUAUCCGGAGUAUACCAGCAGCUAGAUGUGUCUAGGAAUAGUAGAGAGUAUUUAACUAUAAAUACAUUAAAAGGAUUAUUUAGGUACAAAAGAUUACCAUUUGAUGUAUCCAGUGCGCCUGCUAUUUUCCAAUCUGUUAUGGAUCAGGUGUUAUCUAAGGUAGAGAAUGUAUUUUGUUACCUAGAUGACAUUUUAAUUGGUGCAAUAGAUAAAGAUAUAUGGCACACAAUAGAUGAAAUGGGUAUCAGACCAAUGAAACAAAAGUUAGAGGCAAUUAAGGAAGCUAGAGAACUUACAAAUUUAAAUGAGUUAAAAGCAUAUUUAGGAUUACUAAACUAUUAUUGUAAAUUUGUACCAAAUUUAAGUAGUGAAUUACAUGAACUACAUAAAUUAUUAAAAAAGGAGUGA